UGGACUCUGCGUCACCGCGAAAGCCAUUAAAUCCAGUUUCCCCUGAUCGAACCUCCCUCGCUAUCGUUGUCGCUCUGUUUACCAAAAUCUCACAGAAAACCUACACACUUCAGAUUAUCUGUCACGAGUAAAGAUCAAAAGAUGGCUGUGAUUAGGCGCUUCACAUUCUCGACAAUUCUCUUGGUGUCGCUUUUUAUUUUGACACAAGAAGCGAAAACCAUCGACCCCUAUAAGGUUCUUGGGGUGGAGAGAAACGCUAGUCAACGAGAAAUACAGAAAGCAUUCCACAAGCUUUCUCUUCAAUAUCAUCCAGACAAGAACAAGAACAAAGGUGCUCAAGAAAAGUUUUCGGAGAUUAAUAAUGCAUACGAUAUUUUAUCUGAUGAGGAGAAGAGAAAAAAUUAUGAUUUGUAUGGAGAUGAAAAGGGAAACCCGGGAUUUGAUGGUGGCUAUCCUGGGGAUUCUUUCCGAAGCAGCGGACAAGGACAGAAUCGGUUUACGUUCAGACCCGGUGAAUGGCAGAAUAUGGGCGGACAAGGAAGUUCUGAUUCAUUUUCAUUUUCCUUUGGAAGUCCAGGUGGUCAGAAUUCUUUUGGUUUUGGUGAUAUAUUUUCCAAUUUGUUUGGGGGUGAUCAAGGUGGGUCUGGGUUUGGUGGUUUUGGUGGUUCGGCAAGGUCUCAAUCUCGGUUCGGUGGUUUUGGUGGGUCAACCAAAUCUCAAUCUGGGUCCAAGGGAUUCACUGAGCCCAUUAGAGACGUGAAUUCACGCUCCUUCAAGAAAGAAGUUGCUGACCAGGGGAUCACUUGGCUAUUGUCAUCUUACAAGCCUUCACUCCGGGAAAAUCAGUAUUAUGAAUCUGUCAUAGGGGAGGGUGCUGCUUCACUAGAAGGAGGUUUGAAGCUAGGAAGAAUAAAUUGUGACACUGAAUCAACUUUCUGUAAGGAAAUUGGUGUGCAACCCCGCACAGGGCCAAGGAUAUUUGUGUAUUCGUAUAGAGGUAGUGAUAAAGGUUCUCUGGUGGAGUACAACGGUGAUCUGGUCUCAAAGGAUGUGAGAAGGUUCUGCCAAGACCAUCUGCCAAGGUUUUCGACUAGGAUUAAAACAAAUCUUCUUGACUUUUCCUCUGGUAAUGCGGAAAAAUUACCUAGGGUGUUACUGCUUUCUACUAAGAAAGAAACACCAAUUAUCUGGCGUGUUCUUAGUGGCUUAUAUCGCAGACGCUUUAUUUUCUACGAUGCAGAGGUACAUGAUGUUUCUGAUUCGACAAUUAAAAAAUUAGGGGUUGAUGCACUUCCUGCCAUUAUUGGUUGGGCUAGUAAUGGAGAGAAGCAUGUCUUGAAGACUGGAAUAUCUGUAAAAGAUUUGAAGUCUGCUGUUUAUGAUCUUAGUAUACUACUUGAUGGUUUUGAGAAAAGGUGCAAGAAGGCAGCGUCAAGUCACGAUAGAAAAGAACAUGCUGAUUCAACUGAAAAACAAAUACCUUUACUUACAGGGUCAAAUAUUGAUGCCUUAUGUGGAGAGGCAAAUCCUGUUUGCAUCAUAGGUGCUUUCAAGUCUUUGAGAGCAAGGGAGAAACUGGAACACAUCCUUUCUGAGGUCUCUCAGAAGUCAUUAUCAAGGCGGCGGAAUACACAUUCUGGCUCAAGGGAUUCUAUUUCAUUUGCUCUCUUAGAUGCUACCAAGCAGCCGACAUUUUUAAAUGCAUUUGACAAAUCGGGAUUCAAAACACUGAACAACUUGUUAGUUGCCUACAAACCUCGAAAGGGGAAGUUUGCAACAUUUACCGGUGAAAUGACCACCGAAGAAGUAGAGAGAUUUAUCGGUGGUGUUCUUAAUGGGGACAUUCAGUUUAGCAAGACGAGACAAAAGCCGGUGGUGAAGUGAUUACACAUAGAGCAAAUGAUGGCGGUUUAGGACCUUAAUGUACAUAACAGUGUGAUAGCAUACUCAUUGAUCAUCUUCUCGCUUGUUGAUGUGCAUUGAGGGUUCUAUCCAAAGAUACAAUCCUGAAGAGGUUUUGCUUAUGGGUAUGAGGUAUUCGAUGAUCUUCUUACAUGGCGUUAACCUUAUAACCUAUUCAUAUGGUUUAGGCUUUUUAAAUGUAAAGCAUAUAUAUAUUUUUUCUCCAUUUGAUGGAGCAUAAGUGAAUGAAUAUGCAUGAAAACAAAGAGCACCAGUCUCUUUUGAUCUCUAUUGUUAGCAAAAGCAGUGAUAAAGAUGAUUGAACACAUUGCGACAGAGUGGUAUUGUACUAUUGCUGUGAGCUUAUGGUAGUGGAGCUUUGAGCCUGAGGCUUUAA